AUGGCACUGCUUCCCGCCGGUUGGCUGUGCAACAGCGUUUCCAAAGAAGAGGAAGAUGCAGACGAUUCUGGGCACUGUGUGUUGCUCGUUCUAGUUCGUGGCACAAAAGACAGCAGCGAAACAUGUGAUUUAGCAGUUGUGAAUACUGGCGACGGCUUGCAGUAUCACCCAGUGGUAGCUAGCGGGCAAGCUCCGCAUCCCAGCAUGCCAUUGAGGGAUUCUUUGGUGCUUUCGGGUUGCAGUCGUGCAGGUUUGUGUUCAAGUGGAUUUUGGUACCUGAUCUACCGCCAGCUGCUUUUCCCCUGCGACUCCAACGGGCCGCGAUUCCUGUAUGGAGUUGUUCUUCCAUUCGCAAACAAAAAGCCGUUGAGACUCAACGGCGGCUCCAAGUCUGAAAAAUGGACAAGGCCUCUGCCGAUUCCAGCAGGAGGUGAUAAGUCCUUCGCACUUUGCGUCGAGCGGGCUAUGCUGCUUUGCUUUGCCGCCGCUGGCCUCUCGAUCGACGAGGCAUCCUGGUGGGCCAUGGUGAGAUCACGUGUCGGUCUGCUGGAGACAAUCGAAGAGGCCUUGCCAACUGAAGCGUCCAAGACCACACCUGGAGAACUAGCUCUUGUCCACGUAGCUGCGUCGGCGCUUUGCCGCGCUGCAGCCGAGCACGCUCAUCACUUCGGGAGAAGUAGGUAUCCAGCGCCUGCUGCAUACGAGGAGGUGCGGGGGCUUGCCGACAGGGUUUUGCAAAAAGUCGUCCUUCUGGAAGAGUCGGGGGGCCAGCUGCAGUCCGCGCAACCGCCCCCCGCAGCGAUGCCGCUUCUGCAAGAAUCAGCGACUCGCUUUGAGCACUUUGAGCGCCUGGUGAAGGAGGAUGUAGAGAAGCUGAAAGGGGAAGUGGAUCCUCCUCGGAUUCUCAUACCGGUUCUGACAUCUCGCUUGCCGGUUUCGAUCCGAACUCCACUGGAAGCGGCGUCCUGCUGCCGCCUGACAGCUCAAUUGCUCACUUUGCUCAUCAACCAGCAGGACCAGAUAGCCCAUGCUCCUGCGUCCUGCUUCGCGGUCGUUGCCCACCUGCUGACGUUCGCCACUGAAUGA